CAAAGUCACUCUCGAGUAUUGAAAACUUCCACUAUCUACCUCACGUUUAUUAAAAUACCUUGCUUCCUAAUAUAAACAUGAUUCGACAUGAAUUUGCAUUGAUACUCAUAACCCUAUUCAUCACCUUCGGCGACGUGGGCAGAGGAACGACACGGGCAGCACAACAGUUAAAUAAAUCUUCAAGGAGCGAAGACCAGGUGGGUGCGACAUGUGUGUUGUCGAGAACGCCCAAUGCUACACGGGGUACCGUCUACACCACCAGGUUUGAUAACGAGAAGCUGGUCAAGUCGUUGAUUCUGUUGGAGGAGUGGAAGUCAGUGUCGAUCGUGUACCAAGACGACGACAACAGUACCCGUUCGUUAAAACGUUCGCUAUCGGAGAUCGGUGUUUUGGGGAGCUUCUUUGAUAUUAACGAUAUCAAGAACAGUUCAAAAUUGUUUUCUGUCACAUCACCUGUACCUAUUUUCCUCCUCUGCUCCGACAUGAGAUGUAUCAAACGUAUAAUAUUGCAGGAAUGCCACACGCGAAAGCGACUACCUUUAGAGCCCCAGUUAUACUGGCUUCUAGUGUGGCCCGAGUUGGCGAAUGUUCCACAGUUGUGGUCGUGGAUGUCGUGCUGUGUAACACACCUGGCUAUCGUCGUCAGAAAGGUACUACCAUGUAAAAACGAGGGGAAGGAACUCGAUAGUGUUACCUCUGUCUACUCCCUACUGCACACGGGUGAGGGUGAAAGACGGUUACAUGAGGCUGUUACCAUUAACAGUGACAAUGACAUCACACAGUUUCAGCACAUCUUUCCUGGCAAACAUGGAUUCAAUCAUGAACAUUUCACAGCAGCCACGCUUCAGGUGAAGCCUUUCAUGUACAAAGAGGACGGCAAAUACGUUGGAUUCCUCGUCGACAUCCUCAACUUCGUGUCGUAUUCCCUCAAUUUUACAUACACACUGAUAGAGCCACCGGAUGGAAAAUACGGCAGUAUUGAAAACGGUACCUGGAAUGGAUUGGUUGGCACGAUAGUCAGAAAGGACGCCGACAUGAUAAUGGCUGACAUUAGUACGACACAUCUGAGAUCGCAGGUGGUCGACUUCUCCUACCCGUACAACUUCGACGUUGCGACUGUCGUCGUGAAACGGGCGGCGGACGACAGCAGUUCGUACCUGAGCUACAUACAGCUGUACAGGUGGGAAGUGCACGUGUGCAUCUGGAGCUCUCUAAUCCUGGCAUUCCUGUUCAUCAAAUUUAUAGAGUGGGUGAAUCCGUUUUACAGAGAAAGACGAGUAGCUGGCAAGGGCGACCACUCCACUUCUAUAUUUCACCUUUUUGGAGCUCUUCUCAAACAAGGUGGACGACCUAUAAUAGCGGCCUCUCAGUCCAGGAGACUAUUUCUUGGGACCUGGUGGAUAUUCGCGAUCAUCAUGGCCACGAUCUACAGCGGAAACCUCAUCGCCUUCCUGACCGUCAGAAAACUGAAACUUCCAUUUGACACGAUAGCCGAGAUGGUCAGCCAGGAUCAGUAUAAAUGGGGAACGUACGGAGGUUCAAAUUACAUCGAAUUCUUUGAGACAUCAAAGGACGAAAACUUUAAAAAAGUUGCCGAGGGAUUUAAAAGAUUUCCAAAAGAAGACCCAUCAACUCUGAGCACCAAAGCAGAAGAACAUCGACUUAAGGUGUUGAAGGGGAACUACUGUUUUAUAGGAGGGAAGCCAACCCUGGAAUUCUGGGUCAGUCAGAACUGCCAGCUGAAAUUACUCAGUGAAGGAUUUUAUUCUUUGCUGUAUGGAAUCAGUCUGCCGAAAAAUUCACCGUACACUAAACUUUUUUCUGACGAGAUAAUCAGCCUUCACGAGACUGGGAUAAUGGCGAUGAUGAAGGCAAAAUGGUGGCCACGGAAUCAGUGCAACAACGACAACAGGAAAUUUGCCAAACCAAUCCACUUAACUGAUAUCCAGUCUGCAUUCUAUGUCCUGGUCAUUGGAGCACUACUUACCAUUGUAAUACUCGUUUUGGAAGUCAUAUAUGCUAAAAUUAAAACGCACUGUCACUGCUGUUCUACCUAAAACGCACAGGAAACACGUCAAGUGAUGUUUUCAUUAAACCAGUAUUAACGUACAUAAUGAUAUUAUUUUGAUAAUUGUAACAUUUACAUCUGACAACACUGAUGAAGACUAUGCGUCGUUUAAAUGUAAUGUUUAUACAAGUUUGAAAAAGAAAACGUGUAUGUCUUAAAUGUAACGUUUGUACAUAUGUGGAAAUCUAUAUUCAUAUGUGGAAGACAAGGUGCCACUUAAAUGUAAUAUAUGUACACAUUUGAAAAAAAACAAGUGUGCCACUUAAAUAUCAUUUAUAUGUACACAUUAAAAAACCCAACUAAGUGCCACUUAAAUGUAAUAUGUGUCCACAUCUGAAAAACCCCAACUAAGUGCCACUUAAAUGUAAUAUAUGUACACAUUUGAAAAACUAACAGUUAAAAUUAACGUCUGUACAUGUGUGAAAACAUAUGUGCCACUUCAAUGUAAUAUUUAUAAAUUUGUCAUUAAAACAGGAAACAAUUUUAGUCCGUAAUAAUUCAUAAACAUGUUUUAAAACAUAAGAUUACAUACAGUGUACUAUGUGCGCAGUAAAAACAUGUGAAUGUAUCUAUACGUGUGUUUUAUACAUGCAAUUGUUUUUAACCAAAUAUGUCUAUAUUCGUUCUCUAAUUAUAUAUAGAUUGUAACAUUAAACACGAAUUCAUUUUA